AUAAAGCAGCCAUGGAGGCAAACUCAUUCUCAAUCUCAAUUGAGUCAGGAGGUAAGCACGAGAUUCAAGUUGUAAAAAAGCGCGGUGGUGGCGCAGCUGCUGGCGCCCGCGGUGGAGGAGGUGGUGGGGAUAAUGGCAGUGGAUCAGGAGGACAGAUUCCGGUUUAUACAGCCGGUGCCAUGAACAAUAACCGUGUCCUCCGUCGCAAUGGGUCUAACAGUGGCACCAUUCUGUCCUUAACCGUGUUGGCUCAAGUUGCUUGGCUUUAAUAUUCUUUACUUCUAUUCCUCUGUUCAUUGUAUAAAAAUUCGAUGAUUGCUUGUC